GGAAGUCAGCGUGAAUCUCGUGACAAUUGGGCGCAAGUGGUACCCAACUCAGGCGAGAACUUUGCUCAGGACCAUCACGUCCUCGGAGGCCAAAAUCGCGAAGCUCCCUGUCUCGGAUGGCUCGAGCGGGCCCAAGGGCAGCUCGAGUGGCUUCGGUGGCAAGCCUCCGUGGGCUAACAACGGAAGCGGUGGCAAGUCGGCGGUGGCGGCCUCUGGGCCGACGUACAAGGACGCGUUCAGCUUCCAUCAGCUUCAAGGGGUCGAGGCAUCGGCCAUCGCUGCAGUCGAGGUGGAGAAUUUUCGCACCAAGCUCGGCAAGAUGGAGUCGAGGGCCGCAGCGCUGGAGCUGCAGAAUAUGGAGAUAGAGGUCGAGCUCGGAGACGUGAAGACCAACAUGGAGGCAGUCAAGGUGGAGCUGGGCCAGACUGAUGAGUUGCUGGUCAACCUCCAGGCGGCCGAGCUCGGUGCCCCACUCAAG